AUGCAAUGGAUCCUCACAACUGGCAUCGACAGUGGUGUCAUCAUUGGCGGCAGUGGCUACAGAGAUGGUGGUGGCAGAGAUGAAGGUGCAAGUCCCACAACUGGGCUACAAGCUGGCAAUGGCUAUAAUGUUGGCGGCUGCGCUACCCCAGCUGUCGUGAUAUUGUGGACGCCGGCGGCGCUGCAGCAGCCUCUGGCGCCCGUGUCGGGCCGCGUCCAGCUGCAGGUCUUCUACCACGACGAGCGCCGCGAGCUGGUGGUGUCCGUGCUCGCCGCAGACGACCUGCCCGCGCGCGAAGACACCGGGUUCGGCACGCUGCCCGAGGCCUUCCUCAAGCUGCGCCUGCUGCCCGCCACAAACGAGCAACACGUCGUCAAGUCGAGCGUGGCAGAGCCGACGCAAAACCCAAUCUGGAACGCAACCUUCGACUUUCCCAACGUGCCGGGUGAGGACCUGAUGGAGCGCAGUCUGGAGGUCACCCUCUGGGACUUCUGCCCCGACCGUGACAGCGUCUUCCUCGGCGAGUGCUCGGUGGAACUGCAGAAGGCGUUCCUGGAAGACCGCCCAGUGUGGUACCGCCUGGAGGAUCCCCGCAACCUGCGCGCCGCGGGCGGCAAAUCGCCGCAAGUGUCGCCACGUGGGUCCCUGGCCGGCGAGCUGGCCCAGCGGCUGCUGCGCAGGACAGACUUCCAGCAGAGGUCCUUCUCUGAUGACAAGGAGAGCGACGAGCGGUCCGGGGGUUCCCCCGAGCCGAGCCUGCUGCACCCGGACCACGCGUGGCUGCUGGGCUCGGCGUGCAGCUCGCGGCGCGGCUCCAGCCAGUCUGAGCAGCUCGAGGUCGAGACCUACCAGCUGGGCAGGGACUUCUCGCGCUCGCUGCCCGGCUCCAGGAGGUCGUCCUUCCAGUCGCAGCAGGGCGACGCAGCCAAGGACCCGGACAUCCCACCUGUUACGUACAACAAAGAGCGGCGCCGCAGCAGCUGCACGCGCCACAUGCGCGACCCGGAUGAGAUCCUGCGGAGCCUGAAGGCCGUCAAGGGAGAGCUGGCGCUCGGACGCGCCAUGAGCUUCAGCGAGAAGGCGCGACGCCCGUACGUAGAGUGUGUAGAGAUGGCCGCCAAGUCCGCAGGGAUGCCGGCGAGUGGUAAGGCGAGAGUGUUUCUGCCGCCAGGGUGCAGCGUGGACAACGCCUCGUUGUCUAGGCCGCGCGGCGAGCACGCCAGGGCGCAGCUGUACCAGAGGAGCCAGCUUGUCAACGUUGGUGUGUGUGCCGUUGUAGGGGGCAGCAGGCGGGAGUCAAUGGUGGUGGGCGAGCUGCCGGCGCAGCUGCCGCAGGCGUCCGCGGGCAGCCCCUCGGACGAGGAGGACCGCUGGGGGUACACAUUUGCAGUCUUGAUUGGAAAUCUUCUUCCAGGAAUUUGGCCAAACAUUAUGUUCAACAACUUGAAACGCUCCGCCACUGGAACUUGUGACCCACUUGUUGGCAGCGUGGUGGACCUGCAGCUGGGCCCCGGACAGAUCCAGCCGCGCGGCUACCGCCUCACGUCGGCGCGCUACGGCGAGGUCUACCUGGGCCUGCUGAUGACCAAGGGCCAGCUGGAGGUCGAGGUAGUCAGCGCCCGCAACUUCUGCAGCGAGGACCGCGAGAACCCACCAGACACCUACGUGAAGACGUACCUGCGGGACGGCGAGCGGUGGCUGCAGAAGCGCAAGACGCGCGUGGUGCGGCACAGCCUGGAGCCGCAGUUCCGGCAGACGCUGCGCUACAGCGCGUGCGACGUGCUGGGCCGCGCGCUGCUCGUCAUGCUGUGGGAGCGCCAGCCCGGCUUCGAGCACAACGUGGGCCGCGGCGGCGCCGAGGUGGCGCUCGACAAGCUCACGCUGACGCAGCCCACGCACGCCUGGUACCCGCUCUUCCCGCUGCACUCGCUCGGCUCUGACUCCAACGACUCCCCAUGA